AGUACCGUUCCUGCUGAGCAACUAUGCACGUGACUCUCCAUGCGCGCUAGCUUGCCACAGAGACACCAACUUAACUUGCAGCUACAGACAACAGGUAAAGGAGAUUUUUAAAAGAAGUUUGAUGUUGUUUUCAUGAUGAAAUGCAGGCAGCUGCGAUGGAUCCAGCCGAUGAGCCCCCGUCGAUGCUGUGGGGACUGGACCCGAUCUUCUCUGCCUUUGCUCGGCUGUUUGUCAGAGACAUCCUGCAGAUGACAGAGUCCACUCAGGUUCCAGGCAUUUAUUUCUACAACUUGCAUCCAAUCUACAAAGUGGAUGUUCUUGGAACAGUGGUUUACAAGAGGGAGAGAGACGACUUCUUCUGUUAUGGAGUGGAUGAUGGUACCGGUGUUAUAAACUGUCUGUGCUGGAAACGUAAUCUGCUGAAAGAGGCGGAGGAUCCCAAUAAAUCUGGGACAAAAAAACACAGUGAUGCGGACCACGGAGGGUUCGAUCCGGUCGCCGAGCUUAAAAAACUCGGACAGGCCCAGUUGAAGCGCUGCCGCCUGGAGAUCGGAGAGCUGGUCCGGGUUCGAGGACCGGUGAAGACUUCGAGGCAACAGAGAGAAAUCAUGGCUUCCACCUACUAUAAGGUGGACGAUCCGGUGAUGGCCAUCCAGAUAGCCUGGAUGAUGGAGGUUCCUCAGCUCUACAGACAGUUUUAUGACAAGCGCUUCCAGAUCAACGCAGCAGGAUACUCAGCAGAAAGUUCCAUUAACAAGGCAACAAACAUCAUUCAGGACUUCCUGAAGCAGAAGUUGGUAACUAAGUUCAGACCUUAUGACGUCCAGGAUCUCCUGCAACCUCUGAUCCCCAGCCGGCACCAAGCCCAGUCCGCAGAGCAGGAGCCUCUUGCUGGUCCGUCUGGAUGCCAGCAGCUUAGCCAACUUCUGAAGGAGGUCCUGCAGAUCCUGCAGAAUGAAGGCGUGGUGUACCGCAAGGUGAAGUCCCAGGAUGAGAUGUAUCUUGUCACGACACAAGACAAAGAUCUGUUCAUAGCUGUCAAAGACAUCAUCAGGGAGGACUCAAAAAGAGAAAAGUAUGCAGAGAAGGGCUGCCACGUCCUGCACAUCCUGUCCGCGGUCAGGCAGCGGUACAGCCUCAAUGUGAGCAAAGCAGCUCUGGAGCUGGUCCUGAAGACACUGGAGUGCGACAGCGACAUCAUCAGCACCAGCGACACCCACUACAUUGCCAUCUAGCAACCACAGCCUGAAAGUAGAAAUGAAGAUGCUGGGAAUCAUGUCGUCAUGUAAUCAGCACUCUUCGGUUCAUCGUGACUGUUUCAGAUUGACGUGUGCUGAGGCGUUUUGGUCCGAAUAUGUAAGAAAUGUUGUAAAUAUGCUUUGAAUGUUAAAAAAUAAAUACGAGAACCAACAGAUGGCGGGAUCAGCUUGUUCUGAUGCCUUGAGGCAGAAAAAGUC